AUGCAGGCAGCAGAGAAGAAGCAGUUGGAGCAGAUUAUCAAGGAGCAAGAGGAGGCCGACAACACCGCGGAAAUGUACAACAACCUCACCUCGGAUAUGCUCACGGAGAAUCCUGACGUCGCCAAGAGUGCCCUCGGCAAAAAUAGGGCGAUCGGCUUCAUGUACAAGGGUAUGAACCAAGAGGAGCUCAAAAAAUUCUACGCCGCUCAGAAAGAACAAAUGGCGGCAGCGAAGGCGAAACGUGAAGCGCAAGAUAAGAUGGAGGCAGAGUGGCAAGCGCUCGCCAAGUCUAUACAGCGAGAAGUUGCACGUCUGGAUAUUCAGGAUCAAAGGAAAAGAAGGGAGAUCGCUCGCCAACUGCUGGAAGAGAACCAGCUCAUGGCGCUGCAGCAGAAGGAGAAGGAGAAAUAUUACCGCGAGGUGGUAAACAACAACACACCAACCGAUGAUUACUACUCUCAGUUCAACACAACCACCAGAUAA